AGGAGGAUGGCCCAGGGGAGGGGAUUGAGGGAUGGUGGCCAUGGGGAGGUUGUCCAGAGCAGGAGGUGGUUUGGGGGAGGAGGGGUAGGUAAGCAGAGAUAGGAGAGGUGGCAAUGGGGAAGAUGCUCUGCAUGGAAGAGGUUCUCUGGAGGAGGUGACCCAGAGGGGACAGAGGACCAAGGAAGGGGUUGUUCUAGGAGGGCCAGGGCAGGAGAGGAUCUGGGAGGAGGUUGUAGAAUCAUAGAAUGUCUUAAAUUGGGAGCAUCGAGCUCCAGCCUCAGUGAUUUGGAGAGAUGGUACUGCAGUGUCCCAGGGAGAGGAUGGACCCCCAGGGGGAGGAAUUCAAGGCUGGGAGGGACCAGGAAGGUGUUCUGAUGGAGGAGGAGCAGACACGGAGCCUCAGGGGCAGUUCCUGGGGUGGAGGCCCAGGGGAGGUGGAGGAGGCCCUUGGGCGGGCUGGGACUGGCCAGGACACCACAACGUUGCCAGGUGACAGACAACAGCGUGCUGAUCAGCUCCGGGCUGCAUUGAGCUCGCUGACCUCUCCUCUUUUACCAGGGAGGUGCCACUCUGUGCCCCCCAGCCAUCACACAGCUGAGCCCAGCUGCAUCCUGCUUGGGACGUUCACUCUGAAGCGUAAUGAGGACCUUGAGCCUUCUGGAGCAGAACCCUGCAAUCUGGGGUGCUCCAUCCGUAUCCUCCCCGCAGCAGCGCAGUGCUGGGACACGUGGCAGAGCCUGCAGUGCCUCUCCUGACACUGUCAGUGUCCGUGGGACGGCCGGGGCUCCCGCUGAGGGCAGAGCUCUGGCUGCAGAUCCCAGCUUGGGGGGCUCCAGACGUGUUGCUCCCCACACAGGGCUGGUGGAACGUGGAGUGCGAAGCUGCUGGGGGUCACGGUGGGGCAGCAGGAGCAGCUCCAGCUCUGUCUGCACCGAGGAUGUGGCUGCCAGGUGUUGGGAGGACACAGGGGGGAUCUACGAGGAGGAGGACGAUGGCAGUGGACAGGAUGGGGCCCUGCUCCCAUGGCAGUGCCCUGAGCAGGAUGUGUCCCCAGAGCUGAUGAGGAGGGGAAGCCUGGAGUCACUGGGAGCCAGGAUAUCCAGGCUGAGCCAGAGUGGGGCUGAGACCCCCUGCCUGGCCUCCUCCAAGCACCCAGCACAGGGCAGGGGGGAUGCAUCCCACUGGGGACCACACUCCAAGGCAAAGCCCUCAGUCACCUCUCUGCAUGGUGGGGAUGGGGAAGCUGGACAUCUCCGGAGACCCUCAAGCAGCUCAGCCAGCAAGAGCAGGGCCAGGGCUGUGGGACAUCACAGAUGGCAGGAGCUACCAGCACGCCGGGGGUGGCAUGGGGGGGAUUUCAUCCUCGCUGCCAAGAAGGAAGAUGGUGAUGGGUGGAGGAGAGCUCUCUGCACCAAAGCAGCAGUGGGACCUGCUGGGAGAUGCAGCCCCUGGGCAGAGAGGCAGCAUGGGGUGUCUUGCCCAGGGCAUGCAGCAGAGCCCCGGUGGCAGCACUGGAAGCAGAAGGCCAUCCUGUCCCACAGGCUGGCAGCGCUGCACCGGGCCCUGAGGAGCAGCCAGGAGGGGAUGCAGGAGCCAGGAGCUGGAGAUUGGGGCAUGCAGAGCGAUGGGGAUGGGGUCAGGGCACGUGCGUGGGAUCGUGUGGAGAAAGGGCAGGGGCAGAAGGGCUGUGCUGGAUGCCCAGGGAACGUGAGGAGGAAAAUGCUGCAUCUCAGAGAAGAGAAGCGGGAGCUGCAGGAGAGGCUCUGUGGGCUGGAGCUCCAGAUGCGCUCCGUGCUGCGGCAGAGGCAGGAGGCCCUGGGGCAGCUGCGGGCAGUGCUGCGGAAGGAGAGGAUGGCUGUACUCCAGCAGCUGCAGGAGAGCUUGCAGAAGGUGAAUGGGGCCGUCUGUCAGGAGAACUGUCACCUGCAGGAGCUGGCAGCCCCAGGAGCCCUGAAGGAGCCAUCGACCCCAGCCAGAGCACUGCGGGAUGCAGAGAUCACUGUGCCUGGCCUCCAGCAGCACCAACGUGGGGUCCCAGGGGUCCUGCACCACAUCCAGCGCUGCCUGCGGGAGCUGCAAGUGAAUGACUUCAGUGUGCUGGGAGCAGAGCUGGGCACUACAGCAAGUGAGGAGAGGUUCCUGAUGCCACCUCUUGCCGUUCCUCCAAGCCCCAAUGGGAACAAGCUCACUGCUACGAUCAGGACUCGAGAUGACGCAUGGAGGAGAAAGCCCAAGGAGAGUUCCUCUGCGUGCGAGGGGGGAAAUGAGAAUUUCGUGCAGUGCUGAUUGCUGCACUUCCUUGCAGGAGGAAACAGGGAGUGGAAAUGGAAAUCUUCGUCUGCU